AUGAUUGGAAUGAUAUUGAACGUUGUGCACGGUAGGGUGACCGUGCAAAACAAAAACAAAAAAAAAGCCAACGAAAACAUAAAGCAAAGGAGUCUAAGGGCCUGUUUACAAGGAGAGAGGGUUACCCUUGUGCUAGGCUAACCCUAGCAAGCAGGUUAAAGUUAGCUGUGGUUUACAAGCAAAUUUCACAGGGAGGAUUACCCUAUCACCUGGGUCAACUUUACCAGCUUUGCUGUCGUGUUUCGUCAUGCGUGACAUUCUUUGUAACGGUCCAAGAUUUGAAAUAAUCUUGAAGUUCUCUCUGGAAAAUUCACGAAAAAAAGGGAAAAUAUUUUCGAGAUUUUUAUAAUUAAGCUAAGAAAUUGGAUAAUACCGUUCAAAUUGGCACAAUUACUGGUCACGCAUGACGGCGGAAAGUUGACCCGGGUACGCGAGUUAUCCCUAGCAGAGCGUUUACAACGCAGGUAGGAUAACCCUCUUGCUAGGGUAACCCUUGGCUACCUGCCUUUUAGACACGCCGUGUGACAAAAGAAUAAAUAUGCGAGUGCUGUUGGAUUAACCCUCUUGCUAGGGUAACCCUAGCACCAGGAUUACCCUCCCUACUUGCGAACAGGACCUAAAGGGUUUCAUAAACCAUUCAUUUUCACUUUAAUAACUACGUUUUACCGUUUUUGCUUUCCUUUCGUCAGGCAAAACUGUAUCUCAAAGGUGACAAACACUUCUGCUCUAUUGCUGCGGACGAUAAACUCGCUUUGAUAGGAGUAGUUCAUAUACCAGCCAAGGACGCAAGAUCUGUGGCAGUUCCUAUUGUUCCCAAGAAAAUUGGAGGGAUUCGAGUAAAAGUGUCGUACAUUCUUCAAAUUAAAAUUGGUAACAGCUACAUGAAUUCGGCUGGAGAUGCUGUGACGAAAACACUUUUUGUUUUGGUAUGUGCCUUGGAGUAGGUACCUAUUUCUUCUGCGUGAUCCUUUUUUUCCUAAAACAAAAUUAUCAGCUUUAGACAGUGGUGUCGUUUAUUCUUCAAAUGAAAUUGGUACAUAAAUUAUGUUUGAGAUUCUUUUAGGACUGAACACCGUCUCCUUUUCAUUGGUAAGUCAGUUAAGUUUUAACUUGUGCGUUGCACUCCGUAUCCCUGAAACCGUAUGGUCCUACUCACCUGCUUUUGUUUCCUGAUGUAACUGACGUCCAGUAGGUAAAAUGGUGUCUGUAGGAAUAAACGGCAAUGUCUAUAAUGAUAUCAAUUUUUUGAGGCCGGCUAGUACUCCAUAGUUUACAAAAUUUAAACAAGCCCGAGCGAAACUUGGCGGUUUUGUGUGCCGAGCGGCCGAAUGAGGGGUGAAGCCGUGAAUAGAAUGGGACGAAAACAACGAGAACAGCGGUUCUUUUCUCACGGCUUCAAUGUUCGUUAGCGCGCGCUUCUCGCAGGUUGUCGCAGCUUUUUCCCCCCUCGCCAAGAAAAACUAAACAUACUGCCAGCACGCAGGCAGAUCGUACUGCAACAACAGUUGUUCCAAAGAAAACUGGAGGAAUCGGAAUAGUGAUGUGGAGGCUAUUUUUCAAGUUAAAGAUAUCAUUGGUAACGUAAUUGGCCAAAUAUGAAUUCGGGUGAUCGAAGACGCUGUACUUGGAGAAAACAGUGAAAGCUUUUUUUUUGUAGCCGUCUGUGGAUUAUAUGGAAGUAAGCUGGUUCACGUGUUUAAGACACAUUCUGGCAACAGUACACUUCAGUUGUUACGGUUGCGAGAUAUAUUUGGUCAAAACUAGACAUUUUUCAACCGUGACAAAUAUUCAUCUUUUGAUAAUACUGUAUAUAUAUAUAUAUACCCAUCCUAUGAAUAUACCUUUAGGGUUUUACAGUCAAACCAGGAAAUCUGUGAACAGUAGAAAUAUUUCUGGAAUGUUAUUGUGUUGCAAGAAAAAAGCCAAUCAGGCGUGAGAAAACUAAAUAGCAAACAAGAACGUUGAUUAGUUUGUGAUUUGUGGCUUGCUCGUAUGUCCUGAUCUUUGCUGUGAUUGGUCUUAACACAAUAAACAUUCUUGAAAUAUUUCAAGUGUUCACGGUUUUCCCGGUCUCACUUUUAACAGCUGUGUUUAUAACGAGAUCGGGGGUGGCCACCAAAGAUCACCAGCUUGGUCGCUUUUUUGGAUGACGUCAUAGACACUCAGUAUUUCCAUAGUGCGUAACCAUAUUUUAAAUGGGCGUCGAUAAAACCAGGAACACGGAACAUUCCGGAACAUGCCGGAACAUCCCGGAACAUGAAAAAAUAUAAAUAAUUUUUCUUAAAAAAAUAAUCAAUUAAAUAAAAUGAUAAUAAUAAAAUAAUUUUUGCAAAAAUUAAUAAUAAUAAAAUAACAUAAAAUAACAACAACAACAAAAAAAAACAAACAAACAAACAAAAGAAAUAAUUAAGAGAAAGAAACUGGUAUCAUCUCCGAGUAUGAGAAAACAUCAAUUUUGAAUUUAGAAGCAAGCCUUCACUCAUUACUAUCAUUUGCAUGGACCCUCCCUCGCCUAACAAAUUAUUUGCGACAAAAAUAAAUAUUGUUUUCUCAUACUCGGAGAUGAUACGAGUUCCUUUUUCUUUAUUUCUUUAUUUUUCCCUCUUUUUUUGGUUAUUCUACUUUAUUAUUAAUUUUUACAGAAAUUAUUUUAUUAUUAUUAUUCCUUUUUUUCAUGAAAAUUAUUUUUAUUUUUUCAUGUUCCGUGUUCCGGGUAUAUCGACGCGCAUUGUAAAUUACAUUUAUUUAUGAGUUAUCUACUGAAGCCAAACUUCGACUUGAUGUAUUGUAACAGACGUGGACUAACUGAAAUUAGUAAAAUCCAACUAGUGGUCUAUUAUCAAUGCUGCGUUCUGAUUGGUUGAGCUACUACUAGGCUAUAUGUUAUAGUUCCAUAUAUUUAAAUUUAAAAGCUUAUUUUUCGUCUCCUUUUUUUUCCUUAGCCAGAGGGAAAGGAACUCCAAAAGUCACAAACUUUUAUUCUGGAUCCUACGGGUAAUAACUGUUUUAAUGUUUUCCCAACUAACAACUGCUGCAGCGGCUCAACGGUUGAACAGCUUAAAAGUCUUUCAUUUUGUUAACCAUUAAAUAUUGUUUACUCAUACUUACUUUAGCCUGUUCCAGACUCCAAUAUAUUGAAAAAAAAAAUGUGCAGAAAUAUCAUGAAAGCGGAUGCUAAAAACUCGUAGGGCCGGGCUGGGGCACACGCUUGUUUUCGCGACGUCUCUACGUUCUGUUUGAUCUAUGAGAGCCUGACACUAGCUACUGUUACUACUACUACUACUACUACUACUACCACUACCACUACCACUACCACUACCACUACCACUACCACUACCACUACCACUACCACUACCACUACUUGCGUGACCACUGAAAAUGGUCACUGCUUUUUAAGGUGCGAGAAGUUUAGUCGUUUUCAUGGAAGGAUUGAAUGAUACUGGUAAAAAGCUUAUCAAAACGUAAAUAUACAUGGAUGAAGAGAAAGAUGACCCCUCUUUCGAGCCUGGAGAUAAUCCUGGACAAAAGAAAAAGGUAACAUUCAAGCCCGCCUCAAUGGUGGACAUGAAACCAUGUGAUGAUCUUCACCGAUAUCUGGUCGACAAAUUUCACUCAUCCACUAAAUCCAAAUCAGUUUUAUUCGAAGCAAUCGAUUUUUCAGCCUACAAAAACUGCUGCUAAGGUUGUCUCCUUUGUAACAUCUGAAGACCGGCUACUUUUAUGGAUCAAAACCUUCGCUGUGCGAUACUUUGAUCACCUGAACGUGAUGGGAUAUCGAGUAACAUGGCAAGAACAAGAGUCACAUAGCUGCCCAACCAAAAGCGAUAAAAUCAUCAUGCACAUUCACGAGGAAGAAAAUAACAUUGAAGAUCAAAUGGUCACCAUAACUAUCUUUAUUUCCACUGGCAGAAUCAUGGUUCAAGGCAAAAAAUUCGCCGAGUGGAGUCAACAGGAAUUUCCUGCACUGCUAUCUAUUGUUAACAGUCUCGGGUCGUCAGGAAACCUUAGCGCUGUUAGCGCAAAGGACAAAUCUACAUUCCAUAUAGAACUCCAAAAGUUUUUCACAAAGUACAAAGGAUGUGAGAUUGCGGACACAAGGGCUUCGGAACUAAACGACACUACCGUGGAAAAUGCUGAAAAUGUUGUCAGUGACAUAACAGAAACAGAAACACCCAGUGCAGACAAAGGAAAUACAAGAAUAACGCAAUUGUCAACACCCAUUGAACUCUCCCUUACACCGAGUAGGCUAAACACCUUAACUACUCUUCGAAAUACCGUCGGAAAUUUAGAAGCCGAUUUUACUGAGUUUAAAGUAACAAACGCUGGUAACCUCGAGCACCUAAAAGACAAAGCUGCCCAACUAGAUCACAAUUUCAAAGUACAAACAACAACCCUAGGGGCCUUGCUGAUGAUCUGGAAAACAAUACUAAACUUCUAAAUCACGAUUUACAAAAACACGCUGACUUAAUUUCCAAAUUACAGAAUGAAAAUCAAGCACUUCAAAAGAAAAAAUGCGAAAAUAUCGGAGGAUAACGCAACCAUGAGAAGAACACAGAACCAGCUUGAAGCGGAAAUCACCUUUCUUAAGGACCAAAUUAAAGCCCUCUGGGAAACAAUACAACUGCCGCCGGAAACAACUAAGACGUCGAGCCAGACCUCUGGUGAAGAAAUGGACGACAAAUUCAAUGAUAGCACAAAGAAUAAAGCUGCCAUUCCUACAUCAAACGACAACCAAUGGUCAGAAGAUGAGAUACUACUUGUUAAUCUUCCAACAUCAAACUCUUUCUCCCCUUCAAGAUCUACCAGAAAACCCGCCAAGAAAAGAACCACAAAACAAACCCGUAGACACUAAUUCGCAGCACCCUCCUAAGUCUCCUGCUACCAACGACACCAAUAAUUCUAAUGAAGUGAUCUUUCUAUGUGAUUCAAAUGGAAAGUUUUUAGACAUGGAAAAAUGUUUCCUUCAGACCAGGAAGUGAAGUAUGUUAGAACUCCACUGAUUGAACACGCUAGAUCGUACUUACAAAGUCAAAUCCACACUGCUCCCCGACUACUCAUAUUACACACAGGAACAAACGAUCUAGAAAGAACCAGUUCGCCUGAAGAUCUUAUUUCUAACAUCUUAAUAUUGAUUACAGAAGCCUCAACGAAAUUUCCUUCAAGCAAAAUAUUCUACUCAACACUUCUUCCCCGCAGCGACAUCCCGACACCAAUAAUAACUUCAAUAAACAAUCAGUUGAUCAGUAGCUGCUCAAGAUUACCCAAUGUGCAGUUAGUCAAACAUGACAACCUCUUUGAGAAUCAAUCAAAUAUUCUUUACGAUCAGAAACAUAUUCUUAAACGGUACGUAAAAUUUUUCGCCAAAAACCUUAAGGACACAAUUCGCGGUCGUGCCAGACCAAAACCUACAGUUCCUUCUAAUACAAUGCCAGCCCAAAGACAAAGAUCCUCACAAACUCAACCGACUUCUUCCCAAGGUCCCAAGCCACUAUUACAUCACACAUCAUACAGCAAUGCGGCUUACGGUAUUCCGCGAAACGAAACGAAACGAAACGAAAUGAAACGAAAUGAAACGAAACGAAACGAAACGAAACGAAAUGAUUAAGAAGAUAUUACACAAGCAAAAGGGAACGAUGGCACUAAGAAUUAUUCCCGGCCUCUCUUCGAAAACUGUCCUCGCUAGAUGGCGGCGGAUUGGUUAUCGACGAAACAAGGCUCUUGUUAGAUAAAGUAAAUACUGCCUUAUAGAUGCGACAAGAAAUUUGCCCUCUCUUCGAAAACUGUUCUCGCUAGAUCCCUUGUUUCGCAAAAUACCAAUGGCGGCCGAUUGGUAAUCGACGAAACAAGGCUCGCAAAUUAUUUGUUCUCGAAAACUGUCUUGUUAGAUAAAGCAAAUACUGCCUUACGAACACUAUUAAACAACAAAACAAUCACUUUUAAUUGCAUGAUGUUGGUUGAUCAUGUCCUAUUUUGUCGCGACAAUUAGGGAACUUUGUUGAUUAAUAUAAACACCAAGAAAAUCAGCAACAUUAACACAUUGAUCGCGAAAUAGAUAGUAAAUUGUGAUCUUUACAAGAAGACUACAUCUCCGUUAAAUUUAAACAAUGUUACUGUCAAUGGUAAUAAGCUUUUCUCAUCCUGAAGGACAAAAAAAAUUCUCUAAUUGACGUUUGCUGCAGUUUCGCUCUUCUCUGGGAACAAUUCACUUUCCUUUGUGCUGAUGAUUUACACAAUUAGUCGCUCGUAGAAAUCAAAACCUUAACCACCUUUCGUUCAAUCUAUCUUGUGUUUACAGGGUGAGCGAGAAAGCAACAAAACAGAAACGAAUAGAUGUAGACAUCAUCAUUAUCCACGGCGGGGCCAAACCACCCCUAAAAUGUAUCAUUAAGGCUAAUUUUGCUUUUUUGCACAUUUCCUCACCAAACUUCGCACAUUCGCUUGGGUUGUUGUCCAAAUCAUUUAUAACAAAUAACAAAUAUGACAAAUAUGACAAAUAUUUCUCGAGUUAUAACAAUUUGAAGACCCCCCCCGGAACCAUACAUUUCCUAUAAAAUCAACUCCUAUGAUAUUUUUUUUUUCAGUUUUUUUCAAGUAAAGCUAAGAAUUUGGUAAAGUAAAGUGAUAAGUGUUUAAAAAAAUCGUAUGAUUUUAGAUUUUUGAUUUUCUCCUCCAAAACUAUAAUUUAAGCGAUGAAAUAAUUGUGACGUAAUAUUUUAUGACGUCACAAACUCGGUUUUUGAAGUAAACAAUGGAAGGUAAAACUACGAUUUCUAAUUUUUUCAAUUAUUCUUGUUCUACUUAUCUAGGACAGUCAAUCUGCAACAUAACCAUAAUUGCUCACAUAAAAAACGAACUUAAAUUAUGACAUUUUUACCUAGGGGGGACACUCUUUUCCGGGCAAAGCAUUCUUCAAAAUUCAAAAUGUCAUAUUUCAUCUAAUAUUUGUGAUAUCGACAAACGGUUUUCAGUUUUAAACUUCUCUAGUUGUCCUCUUUGGAAAACACUAGCAAAAAAAUGGAAAUUAAAAACUUUUUGUUAAGGGUAUAGCAUGACGUCAUCAACUGUGACGUCAUAAUUUCAUAUCUCCUGUCAAUUUUGAUUUCAAAAUAAUUCGGCGCAUGUCAUCUGUUCACUUACCAAGUUUAUUAACGAAAUAUUCAAUACAUUUAAUGUUAUGCUAAAAUAACCAAAAAAUGCCACCUCUUGAUGAUACAUUUUAGGGGUGGUUUGGCCCCGCCGUGAUCCGAUUGUCAUUUCGGAGCAGUUAGAUUCUAUCGGUUUCGCGGUACAUUUGCGGUAUUUAUCAAUCUAGUUCAAUUAGCCAAUGCAGUUGUUUUCGGCCGGAAUUUGAUUAAGUUGCAGAACUGAAACGUUUGGUAGAAGGUAAAAAUGAACUAAAGCAAACCAAGAGUUUGGCACAUUAGGGGUUCCUUUUGUAGUAGUUCCUACGAGCAUCCUCGAAAGUUUUUGACACAUUGAUCAUGAACUUUAUAAUAUCCGCCGAUCUACAAGUUGACUUGGAACGUGUCCAGCAACAGUUUCUUGUGGCUUUCCUUAAGUUCCUUCUGAACUUCAUCCUCUAUCUGAAUCAGACCUUUCCAGAAGUACGGGUGACGUUUAAGGACGCAUUCUGGGCGAAGACAAUAGAAUCGAUUGGUCAAUUUCGUCUUAGUAAUCUUCUUUUCCACAAUUUUCCCCUUGGCGUCUCUCACCGGAUACUGCCAACGUUCCUUGUGUGCGAAGGCAAGGUCGUAUGGAGCCACGGGCAUUCUGCGAGGAAAGGCAAUGUCGCAUGAGAUACAUUGCGUAGCCUGAGGAUGGUUUUUUGCAAAGACGACGUAAAAGGGCUUGUCAUUGUGGUAGUACUGCGUGUAACGAUGGGCCUUUGGGUGGCUCAAAUUAUGAGGGUCGAAUUCUUCUGUGAUUGGUCUUGCUUCAACAUUGUUUUUUCCUUUUCUUCGUUUGCUGGAUGGCUUUUCCCCUGCAUUGGUAGGGACUUUCUUGAACAUGACUCUCGAUGCCUUGUUUUUCUUUUCUCUGUAGUGCGUCAGAAAUUCCGCCAACCGUUUCAUUUUCUCGGCGACAGAUAACACAUGCUGACAAAGACCAUCCGUUGACAGAAAACGCUUACAGUGGCAGCGAUAAAGCGUCGGGGCCGUCUGCUUGACAGUGUAACUUUCGUCGAAUUCAGUUACACAGAAAGUGGAGUUUUCGAGUUGAAUGACGUUGUACCUCUCCAGAAUGAUAUUCGCUCGGGCCCAGAUAUCCUUGACAACAGCACUCGGUAGAUCGUCCAAGUCACAUUCGCUGACAGGAACGGACAUGCAGUUAACUUCACAAGCAAACUGUACUCUACGACCCAGGUUCUCUGGUUUCAUGUGAAGCACUUUCUUGGUGUACUCUUUCCGCUGCUCGGUUGUCAUCUGGGACCACUGUGACGGAGAAACUGCCUUUUCCUUGAAUUCCUCAGCUAAACGGUACUCUCCCAUGCAACCAAUAGCCUUUAUCAGCUCAUCUCUUUGAUCUUCUACCACUCUCUCUUCUAAAGAACACACCACCUCAAGUGCCUCGUUGGCCUCACCUUCUUCAAACUCAACCUCCGCCGUUACCAUUUGUCACACCACAACUUCCACAACGAAUACCUCCAACACCAUUGCAAAAUUCACUACAUCAUGAACCAAAUGCCUCAAAUAAAGCAUUCCAGCUUCCUAUGCAAACCCUGCCGGACCAGAUACUCCCAGCUCCGCCACCAACUAUAUCGCAUCAAUACUCCAAAACACCGCAUCAAACGUUUCCACAGGCCGCUAAAAUGGAAACCGCAGGUGAAGAAACUCGCCCCUCCAACAAAUUAACGGAUUCAGCAAUGCCUCAGGAAAUCAUAUCCUUUCUUCGUUUUAUAAAAUCAUUUGUAUGAACAAUUUCAUCUUACCCUUGACACUGAAUUAAGUAUUAAUGAUAAACUUUAUACCAGUAUAAAGAGUAAUCCAUUUAUUAUUUUCUAUACAAUCACGGACACCGAAGAUAGUCCCGAUAUUUCAAGCACAUUGUCCUUUUGCGCUUGGAAUAUUAAUGGCCUUUCUUCGAAAUAUCUUGGAAAUAAGUUAGAUAAUACUGAUUUUUUGAGUGUUAUUAAUAACUCCGAUUUUAUAUUGUUAACAGAAAUUGGCAACUGCUCUAAUCUGGAAAUUGCGGGAUACAAAUCUUUUUUUCAAUGUCCCACACCAAAUCAGUCGGGGAGAGGUGGGCGUAACUCCGGAGGAAUCGCUUUAUUUUAUAAGAACAAAUUCCACAAAAACAUUUCCAUCACUAAAACAACUCAGCAUUUUAUUUGGAAGGAAAAAGUCUACGCUUGUUUCGUAGAUUUCCGCAAAGCGUUUGACUCUGUUUGGCUCGAAGGAUUGUUUUAUAAGCUGCUAAAAACGAAUAUAGGAGGAAACUUGUACAACCUCAUGAAAAGUCUUUAUUGCAACUCGACAUGUUCCAUCAAAAUCGGUGAAAACAAAACACAGCCUUUUUCAUAUUCCAGAGGUGUACGUCAAGGCUGUAUUUUAAGCCCUCUUUUAUUUAACCUCUAUUUAAACAAUCUACCACUUUUAUUCGAAAACACCUUAUCUGACCCAUUUGUUCUCCCAAAUGGGAAAAAAAUAAAUUCACUUUUCUACGCAGAUGAUUUAGUUAUUCUAUCAAGAUCGAAAACUGGAUUACAGAACUGUUUAAAUGCGCUUUCUUUGUAUUGUGACAAAUGGAAGCUAAAAAUUAAUCCCAAGAAAACAAAAAUUAUGAUAUUCCAGAAACGCCCAAAAAAAUCUAUUGACAUCAAAUUCAACAUAGGCAGUGAGUCAAUUGAAAUUGUCCAAGAAUACACUUAUUUAGGUACACGUUUAACUCCAACGGAAACUUUACACUUGCACUCGAACACUUAAAAGAAAAGGCCCUUCACGCGUUUUCUAGUAUUCGGAAGCGGACAAUUCUUAACAAACUUAAUCCUAAUACUGCAUCCCAAAUUUUUGACACCAUGGUAUUCCCAAUCUUGAGUUACAACAGCGAGGUAUGGGGAAUGUACACCAAGCAAGAUUUUAAAAAAUGGGAUAGCUCCCCAAUAGAAAAAAUCCACCUCAAAUUCUGUAAACGUUACUUAGAGGUUAACAAUAAGGCCUCUAACAUAGCCUGCAGAGCUGAACUUGAUAGACUGCCGCUGCUUAUCCCGAUAAAUCAGAAAAUUAUGAAAUAUUUUGUUUACCUCAACAACAAAGCUAAUGACUCUAUAGUCAAACAGUCUUUCCUUAUGUCAAAGAAUCUACAUUCUAUGAAUAAUUCCGGAUAUUUUUCCAAUUUCAUAAACAUGCUUGAACAAUACAAUCUAACCAGUUUAGAUGCUGAAUCUCUAGAUAAUGAUAAAAUUAGACGAUAUACCACAGAAAUGAGAGAGAAAUAUCUAUCUUUUUGGCGGCACAGCCUCGAAAAUUCAAAAAAACUAGAAUUUUAUAAAACUUUUAAAGAUGAAUAUUCUACAUCUGAUUAUCUCUACCAGCUAAGACAUUAUGACGAACGACAGAAUUUUGUUAAAUUUAAAAUAAGUAAUCACAAACUUAUGAUUGAACAUGGUCGAUACCAAAUCGAUCAUUUGCCAAGAGAAAAUAGAUUAUGUCCUUUAUGUAACUCAAAUCAGGUAGAAGAUGAGAUUCAUUUCAUCUUUCAAUGUAACAAAUACUCAAUACAGAGACAGGCAUUUAUUAAUCAAAUCAAUCGAAUAAUACCUGACUUUGACAAGAAAUCAUCUCCAGAAAGCAUAAAACUGAUAAUGAAUUCGAAGGAACAUCAUGUAAAUAAGUUAGUUAUGAAGUUUGUUUCCUCCUGCAUGAAAAUACGUGAUUCAUUGUUAGUAAUGUAACCAAAUUUUUCUAGAUUAUUAUUAGUGCUGUUUUGUUUUAUAUUUUGAUUGUCAUAUACAUGCUUUUGCAAUACUGUAAAAUGAUGCGGUCAUGCAAAUAAAGCAAUUUAUUACUUUUAUUACUUUUUUACUACUACUACUACCACUACUACUACUACAACUACUACUACUACUACUACAACUACUACUACUACUACUACUACUACUACUACUACUACUACGACUACGACUACGACUACGACUACGACUACGACUACGACUACGACUACGACUACGACUACGACUACGACUACGACUACGACUACGACUACGACUACGACUACGACUACGACUACGACUACGACUACGACUACGACUACGACUACGACUACUACUACUACUACUACUACAUGGUCGAUACCAAAUCGAUCGUUUGCCAAGAGAAAAUAGAUUAUGUCCCUUAUGUAACUCAAAUCAGGUAGAAGAUGAGAUUCAUUUCCUCUUUCAAUGUAACAAAUACUCAGUACAGAGACAGGCAUUUAUUAAUCAAAUCAAUCGAAUAAUACCUGACUUUGAUAAGAAAUUAUCUCCAGAAAGCAUAAAACUGAUAAUGAAUUCGAAGGAACAUCAUGUAAAUAAGUUAGUUAUGAAGUUUGUUUCAUCCUGUAUGAAAAUACGUGAAUCAUUGUUAGUAAUGUAACUGAAUUUUUCUAGAUUAUUAUUAGUGCUGUUUGUUUUAUAUUUUGAUUAUCAUAUACAUGCUUUCGCAAUACUGUAAGAUGAUGCGGUCAUGCAAAUAAAGCAAUUCAUUACAUUACUACUACUACUACUACUACUACUACUACUACUACUACUACUACUACUACUACUACUACUACUACUACUAAUAAUAAUAAUAAUGCCGUUCAGUUUACCCUCGGCAGUAUUUAUAGCACGAAUGCUAGUGGGGCCGAGCAAAUGCCUGAAACUACAAACAAUUCAAAUCAAACAUAACAGGCUUAAGAAUCCCAACUGGCCGGAGGCAAACCAGCAGGCUAUUUACAAGCGUGGCCAAGGAUUUGAACUUGGGACUACCGAGAACAAAUCCAGCUAGCGGUCAGAGCAGGACUUGAAUUCGGGGCCUCCGAAUUGCAAGUUCAGCGCUCUAACCACUCGGCCACGGUGCCUCCACAACUAUGCUUGCUGGCACAAAUACUAAAAGAGAAAACGUUUCAUGAACUUUUAUCGUUGGCCUUUUCAUUUUAGGACAUCUUACCGACAAUAGUAGCAGUGGUGGAAACAGACCAGUAAGGCCCACUCUAGCGGCGUUUCAAAGUAAAAGUAAGUGUUUCAUAAAAUGUUUAUAAACAUGCAAUAAAUAAGAAGUACAGACUUACUGACUGGAGGCACUCAACUGAGAACCUAAUCAAGAAAGUAAAAAAAAAAUGUUGAAAUAAAAAGUUAAGUUGAAAAAAUAUCUUCCUCCCCAUAGAUCCUGUAGGGUGUAUUUGGUAUUUUGAAACCUAACCAAACGAAAUUUGCAGUCAUUUGAAUGAAAAGACGUCAAAAGACAAGUUUCUUAAGACCGAGAAGCUCCAAAAUCACAUUAGCGAAGGAAAAGGAAAGGAGAAAAAGAAAGAGGAAGGAGAAG